AACUCCUCCACAUCCUAUAUUAAUGUCUUAAUCUCAAACAAGACUCUUACAACCAACUAUAACUAAAAGUGUUGUUGCAUGGAGCUGCCAAGAAAACCACAGGCAAUUCAAGCCAUAUGUGUUCUUGCUGCCACAAUCCUGCUGCUGAGAAUAGAAUCUGUCGACGGUCGACAUCAUUACCCGUGGGAGAGCUUCGAGUAUUGCGCGAUAAGUUGCAGGGCUCACAGUGCUUCCUUGACCGAUUUUGGAGGGGUUGGAGAUGGAGUGACAUCCAAUACCAAAGCCUUCAAGGCAGCCAUUGAUUAUCUUGCCCAGUUUGAGGAAGAUGGUGGAUCCAUGUUGUUUGUUCCUCCGGGAAAGUGGCUGACCGGAAGCUUCAAUCUCACCAGUCAUUUCACUCUCUAUCUCCAUAAAGAUGCUGUUCUCCUUGCUUCUCAGGAUGAAAAUGAAUGGGCUGUAAUAGAGCCCCUGCCUUCGUACGGUCGGGGAAGGGAUGCAUCAGGUGGAAGAUACAUCAGCCUCAUAUUUGGCGCCAAUCUGACUGAUGUAGUUGUAACAGGAGACAAUGGCACGAUCGAUGGCCAAGGUGAGUCCUGGUGGAAAAAAUUUCGCAAAGGGGAAUUACAGUUCACUAGACCUUACCUGAUUGAAAUCAUGUACUCUGAGAACGUCCAGAUAUCGAACCUAGUCCUGGUUAAUUCCCCAUCCUGGAAUGUCCAUCCUGUAUACAGCAGUAAUGUCAUCGUGCAAGGCCUUACGAUACUAGCUCCUGUGACUUCACCAAACACAGACGGGAUCAAUCCAGAUUCUUGCACGAACACUAGGAUUGAGGACUGCUACAUUGUGUCCGGGGACGAUUGCAUUGCUGUCAAGAGUGGGUGGGAUGAGUAUGGAAUUUCAUUUGGGAUGCCAACCAGGCAACUGGUAAUCAGAAGGCUCACAUGUAUCUCUCCAGACAGUGCAGUGAUUGCAUUAGGAAGUGAGAUGUCUGGAGGGAUUCAGGAUGUUAGAGCUGAAGAUAUUCUUGCCAUCAAUUCGGAAUCAGGGGUCAGGAUCAAGACAUCCAUUGGCAGGGGAGGGUACGUGAAGGACAUAUAUGUCAGAGGGAUGACUAUGAAAACUAUGAAAUGGGUGUUCUGGAUGACAGGGAAUUAUGGUUCUCAUCCAGACAACAACUAUGAUCCUAAGGCUCUUCCGGUGAUAAACAAUAUAAACUAUCGUGACAUAAUUGCUGAGAAUGUGACAAUGGCAGCUAAGUUAGAGGGAAUACAGGGUGAUCCGUUCACAGGCAUUUGCAUAUCGAAUGUGACAAUUGAGCUUGCAAAGAAUACCAAGAAAUUACCAUGGAAUUGCACCAAUAUUGAAGGGUUCUCAAGUGGUGUGGUUCCUCAGCCAUGUGGUGCACUUCCAGACAAGGGCCCGGAGUACAUUGCAGCCUGUAACUUUCCCACCGAUAGCAUACCUAUUGACAAUGUUGAAAUCAAGACAUGCUCUUACAGAAGGAAGCAUUUACUAAACAAUCAUGUAAUGAAACAUCUGUAAUAGGAAAUUGUUCCAAGUGAAAGAUGCUAAAUUAAAUUAAUCAGUAUAUUCAGAUGAAAGUGUACCUUCAUCUUAUCUCCUUCA